AUGACUACGGGCUGUAAACUACCACAGCUUCCCAGGCCACGAGUGCUGGCUGCCCGGCUGCCCUAGGGUCAUGGACUCCCCGAAGCCGCAGCGCCCCAGCUUCGCGACCACGUCGAGAGCACACUUGCGACCUUUAGGAGUGAUCGUAGAUGAUUCCUUCCUCACAGAAGCCAAGAAUACCCAGAAACGCAAGCUUUCUCAGAAACGGAAGACGCUGCUGCCCACCAGAGGGAGAAGAUUCGGGCUCUGGAGCCCCUGAAGGCGAAGCUUGUCACUGUGAACGAGGACUGCAACGAGAGGAUCCUGGCCAUGAGGGCUAAGGAGAGAUAUGAAAUCUCCAUGCUGAAGAAAGAGAAGAUGAAUUUGCUAAAACUCAUUGAUAAGAAGAAUGAGGAGAAGAUCUCAUUGCAGAGUGAGGUGACCAAACUGAGGAAGAACUUAGCUGAGGAGUAUCUGCGCUACCUCAGCGAGCGAGAUGCCCGUAAAAUCCUUAUUGCAGACCUGAAUGAGCUACGGUACCAGCGGGAAGACAUGUCACUAGCCCAAUCCCCAGGUGUCUGGGGGGAGGACCCCGUGAAGUUAACAAUGGCUCUGAAGAUGGCCCGGCAAGACCUGACCCGCACGCAGAUGGAACUCAACACCAUGAAGGCCAACUUUGGAGACGUGGUGCCCAGAAGGGACUUUGAAAUGCAGGAGAAGACCCUCAAGGAUCUGCAGGAGCAGGAGAUCCAGCGCACCUCCACACCACGGCCAGACUGGUCCAAGUGCGAAGAUGUGGUGGCUGGAGGACGAGAUCGCUGGCAAAUGCUGGCCGAGGGCAAGAACAGCGACCAGCUGGUGGAUGUGCUCCUGGAGGAGAUUGGCGAGGGGCUGCUCCGGGAGAAAGACUUCUUCCCUGGUCUGGGUUAUGGGGAAUCCAUCCCCCCUUUCCUUCGAUUUGAUGGUGUUGUGGAGAACAAGAAGCCAACCAAGAAGGAUGUGGUAAACCUCCUCAAGGAUGCCUGGAAGGAACGUAUCACUGAGGAGCAGAAAGAGAAGUUCCCAGAUUUCUUCUUCAAUUUCCUGGAGCGUCGCUUUGGGCCUGGUGAUGCCAUGGCCUGGGCUUACACCAUUUUUGAAUAUACCAAGCUCUUCCACUCCAGUGAGGUCAUGAGUCAGUUCUAUGCAGUCUUGAUGGGAAAGAGGAAAGAGAGUGUGUACAUCAAGCAGAAGGAGACAAUAGCACAGCUGCUGAAGGAGAUGACCAAUGCUGACAGCCAGAACGAGGGGCUACUAACCAUGGAGCAGUUAAGCACUGCCCUCAAGAGUACCUUCCCCUUCAAGAAGGACGAGAGAAUUCAGGAGUUGAUGGAGGCAGGGGGCUGGCAUCCCAGCAGCAGCAAUGCAGACUUGCUCAACUACUGCGUAUUAUUUAUGGAGGACGAGGAGGGCCAGAGCAUGCCCUUUGUGCAAAAGCUGUGGGAACAGUACAUGGAUGAAAAGGAUGAAUACUUACAGGAGUUAAAGCAGGAGCUGGACCUGGAACUCCACGAUGAGGUGACCCUACCCAAGGUACGUGAGGCCUUGAUGAACAUUGAUCCCAGCCUGGACAAGCAGACCCUCAACAGCUAUUUGAGCCAGGCCUUCCAGCUCCCCAUGACAGAACUGCCAGAAGAGGGCGAGGAAAAGGAAGAGGGCAUUGUGAUAAGGCUCCAGACUGCACUGGAACAGCUUCAGAUGAGUGAUGUUAGGCGUAUGGGGCCCCGAGAGCAGGAACCUGCAAGCUGA